ACCCCAUUAUCUCUUCAACAACAAGCUUGAUCAAGGAAUUAAGAUCUAAAUUAUCCUGUCUUCUUCUCUCUUUAUAUCUUUCUCUCUCUUAAUAUCUUAGAGAGAAAGGAAGAGAAUACUGUUGUAUCCAUGUAUGGCUACCAUACUUAACAAAGUCAUGAACUUGAUGUUCAUAUUCUUGUUAUACGGACAAUUUAUCAAUGCUAAGCUCCCAAGACUCGAACACGCAACCAAAGAAGAUGGGUCUCUCAGUUUCUUGGUCAUUGGAGAUUGGGGAAGAAAAGGUGCCUUUAAUCAAUCUCUCGUUGCUACUCAGAUGGGAUUAGUAGGUGAGAAACUGGAUGUGGAUUUCAUCAUAUCAACAGGAGAUAAUUUCUAUGAUAAUGGACUCACCGGAGUUCAUGAUCCUGCAUUUAGAGAGUCAUUUACUGACAUCUACACUGCCCCUAGCUUGCAGAGGCGUUGGUACAAUGUGCUUGGUAAUCAUGACUACAGAGGAGAUGUUCUUGCACAAUUGAGCCAUGUGCUUAGAAAAAGAGACAGAAGAUGGUUUGCCUUAAGAUCUUACGUUGUAAAUGCAGAUAUUGUGGACUUCUUUUUCGUGGAUACAACUCCCUUUCAAGAUAAAUACUUUGUCGAAAAAGACCAUACUUAUGACUGGAGAGGUGUACUUCCUCGAAAAAGUUAUCUUUCUAAUCUUCUCAAGGAUGUGGAUGAAGUGUUGAAGAAGUCUACUGCCAAGUGGAAGUUUGUGAUUGGUCAUCAUCCAAUACUGAGUGCUGGACAUCAUGGUAACACAGAAGAGCUUGUGGCUCAGCUUCUCCCAAUACUUGAGGAAAAUAAUGUUGAUCUAUACAUAAAUGGGCAUGAUCACUGCUUGGAACACAUUAGUAGCCCUGACAGUCCACUUCAAUUUUUGACUAGUGGAGGAGGCUCAAAGGCAUGGAGGGGAGAUGUAAAGCCAUGGAAUCCAGAGGAGUUGAUAUUGUAUCAUGAUGGCCAGGGUUUCAUGUCAAUGCAAGUGACUCAAACUCGAGUGGAUGUUAUGUCUUAUGAUGUUUUUGGCAACAUCUUGCACAAAUGGAGCAAAGCAAAACCAGACCAUUACACAUUUUAGUAUGCAUCAUGAUCAUAAGAAGAUUAAGAUGAUGGUACAUCAUACAUACCAUUGGAAGUUACUAUUGAAGCAUAGCCACCGCAUAUAUGAGUGUGACAUGUCACAUUGGAAGCAAAGCAUGACUACUCCAUUAUUGUCGUCUAUAUUAUUGUAGAUGGUGUUGUUACGUACUUCUAUCGUAUUGUAUUAUGGUGUAUUGGUGUACAUGAAAGUUGAUAUCAUUAUUAGCCAAAUAUGUAAUUUUGGCCUUUGAUUAAGUGGAAAAAUGUUUCUAUGUAAUGACUGAACAAAAGUAUGAAACUUAAAUUUGUAAUCCUGAUGAGCCAAAUACGUAACGUGGCCUGUGGUCAUUUUUCUUUUAAUAGAAAUGCAAACUAGUGAGAACUAGA